UGCACCGCACUACUUUUAGCACACGCAACGUCCGGACAGACAAGCAGAGCAGGACACUAAUUUUCCGUGUUGUAGUGAAGAUAUGGCAGACCAGAAACAAGAGCUAAAGGCAGGGCAUCCACCAGCAGGUAUACUGUGAGACAAACCGCCGUGCGGGCACGGCAGACGUGGUACUUAUCUUGACUGCAGUGAAAGCCGGGGGCAUGCGUGUUGUGUCCAAGCACAAACACGACGACACUGAUGCUGAUGCCUACGACCAGAAAUACGUGGACGCCCUCCCAGAACCAAUGAAUCCGGUAGCUGCCCCGGCCACCAUCGCUGGAGUACCUGCUAAGAUGUACACCUCCCAUGCUCCAUCCGAGGAAAUGAAGAAACAGCAGCAGAAGCCACAGCCAGCCAUCGAGAAACAGCACUCUCCCAUGAAGCAGCAGAUGAGAAUCAACCAGCCAAGACGAAGUUGAGCCCCAAACUCACCCCGAAGGACAUUUUUCAUUCAACCACUGAUUUGUGAAUCUUUCUGAAAUAUGGAAUCAUUGUAUACCAGAUGUAUUAUACUUGUAGCUUUAGUUUGAGUUUCAAGUGCUGUUGUAUAAUGGUCUGUGACUCAGAAUUGAUUGAAAUUUCUGGAGGUAUAUAGGGAUUCUGUGUGUAUAAAGGCUGAUACAGUAUGCGACUGUGUGACAAUGUUGCAUGCAAAUUCAUGUAAGUUGCAUGAAAUACAA